UUUAAAUAUAAUGAGAUAAGAAAAUGUAAUGAGAUAUUAAAUUGUAAUGAGAUAAGAAUGGGUAUAUAUUAUAACAUUUUGCUGAGUUGAAACAACACCGUUACUAAAUCAUACACGUGAGUUUUUUUUUGAACGCUCGUGAAUCUUGGUAAACUUCUUUAAAUGAAUAGCACUUGCACCUUGUUGAAUAGAAAAAUCUAGAAUAGCAAGUGUUCUGGAAAGGAAGGAAUUGAAGAAAUCAAACACAUUGAAAAGAUAACAGGGCUUAUUAGAUAAACUGAAAUGACGUCAAGCAAGAGACUUCAAGCUCCUUGGCUACUAAAACCUGUCUGGUAUGACUUUCCUAUGACAAAAGGCCUUGGCCAUCAUCGAAUACCAGUUGGAAUCAUAUUGGCAGCCAACAAUAAAAUGGAAUGCGCUCUGGAGAGUAGGAGUCUUACCCAGGUGCGAGUACGACUCCUAAAUGAUGACAGAAAGACUGAAGGCAAUUUUACAAUUAAAAGUUCCCUGCCUGGCCGAGCAUCAACAUUUAAACUAGAUUCUGUGAGUGUUCCAUUCGUCGAUUGUGAGUACCUUGAAAAAUCUCCAACAGACAAUCGGGAUAUCAGACUAAGCUAUCCAACUGGUUCAAAAGUUCUUCCCAUCUAUCGUUUCGAUGAUAAGGAGGAAGAUUUUUUUGCACUCUGGGAUUCCCAAGAUGCAGAAUUUGCUUACGUAGAAUCCGAUUAUUUCGGUCUUCUUAUACCGAAAAUAGACAAAGAAGCUACGAGAAAGUUAGCUGAUGGCAAGCGUCUCAACGAUUUAAUUAUUUUCUACGACAACAUCUUAACCACUUACAGUCAAUUGAUAGGGUUGUCGUUCGAAGAAACUGGGACUGAUCAGAACGUAAGAAACAGGUUUUUUAUUAAAGCUGACAAAAAUGGAUUUGGGUUGGCGUAUUACGAUGAACCGUACACGGCUAUGAACGCCGGAUCAGUCACAGACUUCUGGCUGGAAAUCAGUCCAACGAAUUGGGGAGCUUUGCAUGAAAUUGGUCACGGACAUGAGUUGAAGAAACUAGGUGAUGAAACGUUAUCUGUUAAUGAAGUAUGGAACAAUAUUCUAUGCUUCUUUUAUCAAACUAUUAAGUUUGGCAAGGACAUUAGAACUAAAGGUUCAAAACAAAAAGCAAUGAACCUUGCUCUAGUACUGAAACAAGGAACAGAAGUCAAAAGUUGGGAUUUAAUCCAAAAAUUAUCAUUUUUAACCCACAUGUUUUUUAAAGCUGGUCAGAAAUCAUUUUCACGUUUCAACCAACUGACUCGCGAAGAAUUUAAUGGCCGUCCUUAUUAUGCCAGUGACACAUUAUUAUUAGAAAAACUGAUGCACUUCUUUGCAAUUGAGUUUGCUCUUGAUGUUUAUCCAUUUAUGAAACUGGCGAAAGCAGCAAUACAAGAAGAGCAGCUAUAUGAACAUUACCAUGUUUUAUCCAGUGUAGCCUAUCCUCUGAACUACAUCAUAAGCGAUCUCAAGGAAAUGCUUGAUGCUUAUAACAACCUGGGUCUACAUCACUUAACUAGUUUGGUGACUCCAACAGAUUUGAGUUCUACUAAAUUGAAAAAUGAUUUCACUCUUAACAUAGAUAACCAAAUACUUGGUGAAUUAACAGGUGAUAUGUUGAAAUUGAUGGACGGAUCUCGAACAGUAGCUCAGCAAAAAAUCCAGAGUCAAAGUAUCACUUUUAAGGAUGUACCUAUAGGAGUAUACAAGAUUUUUAUCGAACCAAACGCUAAGAAUACGAAACUUGCCUUUGAUGAUUUUUAUGCAAUAGUACAUGCCAACAAUGCGAAUAAGUUACUUCUUACAGCAAAAGUAAUGAAAGAGCCUUCUCUUCCACUUGAUAAAAUCAAAUUUCUUGGACUAGGUGAUGAUUACUUUGCCUACCUAACAGCAAAUCCCUUUAAAGAAAUUAUGACCUUCAGAUUUUUUUCAAGCAAUCCUCAUAGCUAUUUUAAAAAUGAGAAGUACGCUAGCAUAAGCGUGAAAAAUCAGAGAAACGAAGUUCUUUUUAGCAAAAGUUUAGAUGGCGAUAGCUCUAAUACUGGAGUAUUCUAUAUACCUAUGAAAGAAGAGCUGCAAGUAGAAAUAUUCCACGCAGAAACUAAGGUUCGUCUAAAAACAGACGAUCCCAUGAUGGAUGUCAUUAUAGAUCGUACUGUUAAGACAAACUACUUCACUGUUAAUAAACUAGGUUUUCAAAACAAGAAUAAGAAUACGCCAAAGGAUUUGUUAGAAAAGAAUUUCUUAAAGAAGAUUGAAUUCAAAGCAAAUAAAAUUCGGAGUAAGAUCUCCUUGUUUGUAAAACCUCAUUGUCAGCCAAAAUAUAAUUUACUGUUAGCUGUUGAGGUUUUCGAACGUCUGUUCAGAAAUAAUAGCGUGGAUAAAAGUCUGAGAGAUAAAUACAAAGAUUGUUUGCCAUCCCCUUAGAUCUCCAAAGCAAACGAACUAAAUUAGAAAAUACGAUCGAUUAUUAAAAA